CCGGACGCGGUCGGCGCAGUGAAUGCAGACAGAAAAGCUUGCAGACGGCAGAGCGUAGCCUAUGGAAACGGGCAAAUAAAGACGAGAGGUAAAACGAUAAAACAGCGAAGCGGGAUGAAUGGGGUGCUAGUGAAAAGGAGAAAUGAGCCAACACUGCUUUGAACUGACAUAUGCGACAAAUUUCGAUGCUGGAUGGAUGUACACCGCGUUAGAACGAGCAUAUAACUGACAGAGCGCCGCAGAAUGAGCCUUCUUCCUGCGAUCAACCAGAUGCCAGGAGCCAUAGCAUCCUGACCUUAAGAUGGGUUGUAAGGCCAUUGAACUGCACUGAACUUCUGUAUAGUAAAAUGCUUUGGAUGGUGAAGCAGAAGAAAGGUUCUAGUUCUGUUGACCAGAGCAUCCUGGCACCAUGUUCUACGGUUCCUCUGCUGCCAGCAUGUCCCUGCCCUCCAAGAGCCGUCUGAAGCGACAGAGUCGCACCUUCACCCAGGUCCUGUACCGGACGCUGAGCUACCGUGACCGCCGCUCCAUCACAGACCUCCCGGACCAGAUGCAGGAUGAUCCCGCUGAGCUCUCUACUCAGACUUCUGCACCAGGAGUGUUGAAGAUCUUCGGAGAUGAAAUUUGUGCAGGUGCUAACUACAAGAGUGUUUUGGCUACACCUUAUUCCAGUGCACAGGAGCUUAUUAAGGAGGCACUGGAGCGCUAUUCGCUAAACAAGGCUUCUGCCAGCAGUUAUGUCCUGUGCGAUGUAAUCGGGCGAUUUGAGGGGUUGGAUCGGCGAUGGCAGACUGAAUGCUUGCGAGCAUUAGGUAACAAUGAGAAGCCCCUCCUACUGCAAGAUCUGUGGAAGCCGAAGGAAGGUUUUGCACGGCGAUUUGAGUUGAGGCGGAGAGCAGAGGUGGAAGAACUGGCAGCCAAAGAGAAAGACACAGUGACUGCAGAUAUAAAUGCUCAGGCGCGGAAGGUUCAGCGGAACCGGGCUAAGGGGGCAGCGACCCCGCGGCCCCGCCCACCCUUCUGCCGUAGCCUGAGCGAGACCAGCCUGAACCUGGUGGGCACGGCCGGGGAGGAGCCCAAGCGCUGCUACUCUACUCUUCCGGGGGCGGGGCCAGCAAGGGGGCGUUCCACACGUGAUGUUGAUGUGCGCAAGGAGCGGGACGGGGGUGGAGUUAAGCACUCCCUCUACCAAUCGCCCCAUCUACUCCUCCUUCAAGGCUACAACCGACAGGACUGCCUCGUGUACCUGCUAAACCGUGAGCAGCAUACUGUGGGACAGGAGACGGCGUCCACACGCCCAAACAUCUGCCUUUCAUCUCCAGACGUACUCCCACUCCACUGCCGCAUCCGCCGAGCUCUGCCCCGCCGCUCACCCCCCUCCUCCUCCUCCUCCUCCUCCUCUUCAUCUUCCCCUGAGCAGCGGCUGCUGCUGGAGCCAGUUGCCCACGGCAGUGUGUUGGUCAACUUCGCUCAUGUGGAACGCGCCACUCCGCUCCGGCACGGCGACUUGCUCUCCUUCGGCGCCCACUACAUCUUCCUGUACAAAGAUCCUCUGAGCGCCAAACCACUGCCCACAAAGACCCUCACCCGGCUGCGUGCCCUCGCUCGCCUCUGCGACAGCAAACCUGGGGUUGGGGCUGAUGUGUGCCAUGCGUGCGGUGCCCUCCUACGCGAGCCACAGGGCCUGCGGGCCAGCGCUAGGAUCCCGGCCCGGGCUGCCCCCAAGAGGAAGCUGGUUCUGGAGUUUGAGCGGGCUCACGAGGAUGCACUGGUGAAUCGGGUGCUGACGCUGAUCGAGCCGAGUGGCGACGACCACAAGCUGACACCAGCGUACCUUCUGUGUCUCUGCAUCCAGCACUCGGCCAGCGUGUUCCCACCUGGCUGCUUCGGGAAACUGCUGCUGAAAAUUGCCAAGAGGAUUCAGACUAUAGCAUGGGAGAAGACAAAGGAAUUGGCACAGAAGCAAACUCAGCACCAGGACCCUGCCUCCCUGUCUCUGCUCACCAUCUCUGACCUUGUGCCGGAUCUUCAGUUCAUUUUCUUCUGGAUGUCAAAUGCUAUUGAGAUCCUGUACUUCAUCCAGCAAAAAUCUCCUACAUAUAUGCAGAAUAUAGAACUGAUGGACAACAAAGCUGGAUCAAAGGAAUCUCUUCUCUCUGCAACAAUAUCGGCCAAUGAAGAAGCGAUGACCAUUCUGGAGGAGGUGAUCAUGUACACCUUUCAACAGUGUGUCUACUACAUCACUAAGUCCCUGUAUGUGGUCCUGCCAGCGCUGCUCGACUGCAACCCACUCGGGCCGAGUUCUUCGUCGGAGACACCGGAGGUGUUGGCGUGCCGAAGGGCAGCGGGCUCGUGCGCCUGCAGCGUGUGUGCGAUGCCUGGGGCAGUGCGCCGUGUGGUGAGCGUCCUGCAGACCACCGCCGACCUGCUGCAUCAGUGCCACGUCCACGCCGAGGUCCAGAGCCAGAUGUUUGCCUACCUGUUCUUCUUCAUCAACGUCUCCCUCUUCAACCUUCUCAUCGACAAAGGCCCUGCGAGAGGCUGGUUCCAGCGCUCUCGCGUGCUGCAGAUCCAGGCAUGUGUGCGGAUGCUCUUGGACUGGGCCAAAGGAGCAGGGCGUGGUCAGCUCGCCCAGACGUUCUUUGCUAAACUGUGCAGCGCCAUCACCAUCCUCACCACGCCUGCCUCACAGCUUUCCCAGAUGAGUUGGAUGACAUUGUGUGCAGAACACCCAUCUCUGAAACCAGUCCAACUGCAUAGAAUUCUCACACAGUACCAGCUGACUGUUGAGGUGGGACCUCUCCCUAUCUGGCAACCCAGCACUGAAGAUGAAGCCUUCAUCUAUAGAACAGUCGAUCUUCUGGAGACCUUUGAGAACCACCCACCCAUCAUGCUUCCCAGUGCGGGCUUUAAAGUAGACCUGGAGAGUGAGUGUGUAGAGGACAGCAUCUACCGACAACUGCUCUACAUCAGGCACUUCCUGUGGGGCCUCCGCACCAAGACACACCCGGCUAAUGGCAACACAGACAGACAGGAAGUCCAGCGGGAGCCAGCCCAGGCACAGUGCAUCCCACGGCCCGGCACCCAUCAGCGCGGGGAGGGGGAGGGUGAGGUGCGAGUCCCGGUGGGCGGCCGUGGGGAUGGGGCUGGAGCAGAGGAGCGCCCACGAGAACGCCCGCCACCCGGUGUGGGUCCACGGCAUGCCAGCCAGCCCCAUGCGCCGGACUCAUCCAGCCUGUUGACGCCCCCCAACACACCCCUCUACCCCGAGCUGUUGCACCCACGAGCGCCUGGUCCAGCGAAUGGGUGCGUGCGCUCCACGCCCGAACAUAAGAGGAUCAAUGGCUUCAUUGCUAAUGGCCUUGAAGGUCCUCUGAGCGGCUGUGGAUUCUCUUUUCAUGGGCCUUUGUCCCAAACCCUGGGCCCCAACUCUGAUUCUGUAUGUUCCGUCUUUCUAGUGGACCUGGACAAAGGACCUUAUGGCCUGGGCAUGGGACUUAUUGACGGACUUCACACCCCUCUGAACUCGCCUGGAAUUUACAUCCGCACGCUGAUUCCCGAUGGCCCGGCUGCUUCGGAUGGCCGUCUGCACAUCGGAGACCGAAUCCUUGCCGUGAACGGAACGAGUCUCAUCGGAGCUGAUUACCAGAGUGCUGUGGAUUUGAUCAGACUGGGUGGGGGGCGGCUCCGCUUCCUCGUUGCCAAGUCUGAUCCCGAUGUGUCGGAGAAGAUCAGCGCCUCUUCUUGCUGAGAAUAAAGAGAGGAGGGCUGCAGGUCUGAUCCCCAGACCCCAGGUUGAAACAGACUAGCUCCACCCUCAAGAUGCGUGAGUCAAGCUCCACCCCCAGGCCUUAGAAGUUGACCUUUGCUCCAAGGCCAAGCUCCAGCACUUAUGAGUCUAGCUCCACCCCCAGGCUGAAACAGUUGAGCUCAACCCCCAGGCCUUAGGAGUUAAGCUCCACCCCUGGGGCAUAUGAGUCAAAUUCCAUCCCCAGGACGUACGUGUCUAACUCCACCCCCAGGCCGGACAAAUCGAGUUCCACUCCCAGGCUAUACGAUUCAAGCUCGACCGCCAGGUUGAAUGAGACGAGUUCCACCACCAGGCCUUACGAGUCAAGUUCCACCCCAGGCCUUACGAGUCGAGUUCCACCCCCAGGGCAUACGAGUCAAGCUUCACACCAAGGGUGAAUGAGCCAAGCUCCACCCCAUCUAAACAAGUGGAGUGCCACCCUCACAGCAUAUGAUUCAAGCUCCACCCCCAAGUUGUUCAUGUUGAGUUCCAUCCCCAAGCCUUACAUAAUGAGCUCCACCCCUUGGUUGAACAAAUUAAGCUCUAUCCCCAGGCUUUACAAGCCAAGCUCCACCCCCAGGCUUUAUAAACCAAGCUCCAUCCUCAGGUUGCAUGAGCCCAGCUGCACCCCCUGGCUAUACAAGUCCCUGGGCCAAAAAAGUGGCGCUCCACUGUCCUUCUCCUGGAGAGAGAAGGAGAACAAGCACAGCACUGGACACUCAGUGUCUUCUCUUCUUAACCUCAUAUUGCACUCAGAGUAGGCCAAAAGCACAGCAUGACUGAUGCUCAGAGAUUCAGAGCAGCCUUUUCUCCCUCACCUCCUCUAGAUCCAGGGUCAGAAAAGAGAUUUGAAAGCAUUUCUAAAGAGAUACAAUUUUGGACUCGUAUUGCCUCAUGCAGGUUGACAGUAAAAGAAUGUUAGUCAAACAUAAAGAGAAAAAGAGUCCUAAUUUAUCCCAAAUAAAAAGAACAAACAGGUGUUUGCAAUUGCCUUGCGAAAAGACACAAUGUAUCCUGUUUACAGGUAUGUAGGCAAUGGUCAUAAGGUCUGAUUCCAAAAGCAAGCACUGAAGACUGAUUCUGUACCUCACUUGGUCGAGCAAGUAUUGCAAGGUGCUAGUGAUACCAAGGUCAUGGGUUCAGUUCCCAGGGAGCCCUCAUGCUGUUGUGUAAGUUGCUCUGCAUAGGGUGGCCUGCCAAAUGCUGACAAUGUUAAUGAAGAACCUGGUGCUGGCAUUUUUCAACACCUCAGGAGAACAAUUUGGACUCAGACUGCUUCAUUAACCACCCUUCACAUUAAUUUUUAACAUUGAAAGUCAAAGUGCUAGCCUAGCAAUGAUAACACAAAGGACUCUACUAACUGAGUCAUUAGAAGGUGUUAGUCAUUAAGAGAUGAGAACAAUUAACACUGGUGCAUGUUAAACCUUGAAUUAUGUACGUUGCAUUACAGCAUUAAAAAUGAAGUAAACAGGAUAUUCAGAAAAUGAGCUAUGGAAGAGAGCAGUGAUUCUCCAGAAUGAGAACAACUGAACAGAACCUUUCCAUGCAACAGAAACAUUAUUCAAAGCAAACAUUUUUUAGUGUGAUUUAGACAGGAAAAAAUGGCGAGGUGCUCCUAUUGGUUGAGCUAGACAGCUGAGUGGGAUGUUAAUAAUCAUGUAGAGUCUUUUAAUUUCAGAUUUCUCAAGCAGCUAAAAAACGUAGUUGUAAUAGAUUGAUGAAUAAGUAACAACUUUAAAAUUUUGUAUUAGUUAUAGAUGAAAUUAUGAAAAACAGUUCUUGGUAAUGGACUUGGACCUCUGGAUCCUACAAUAUCUACUCUCUAUAUAUCUAUAAUAGCUAACUGUAACUUACUAACCGACAGAAUAAGUACAUAAAAUGGACUGAAAUAUCUUUCUUUUUAACGUCAUCACAAAGCAGUCACACUGGUUCAACUAUCAGUCUUUUCCCAAUCCAUAGCCUCCACACACUUCCUGUUUCUACUCUUUAUAUAAGUAAUAUGGUACAAAAGUACUAAAGUACAUAUAAAAUAAAAAUACUAAAUUCCCCUUCUUAAGCAAUAUUCAGAUUUCAUUUUUCUUUCAGAAACCUAUUCAGAAAAUCCCAAAGCAUCUCUAUGGCUGACUCAGGAGCAGUCCUGUCUUUACCAACAGAAUGCCUGAAUACCUUCGGCCAUUGUCGAGGUUGGGUAUUGUUAGAACACCUCUGCUGCUAAAGUAGUGGAAAGUAGCCCGAGAGCAAAAGUGAUCACUGAUCAACUCUCUCAUCUUAUUCAUACCUGCUUAUACUUGACAUGGAAUGAGUGUUAAUGUGAUAUGCAAAUAUCGAGAUAGUUGACAUUUUAAUUUUUGCUUAUAUGUGAAAAUAAACCUGCACAAGAUUUAUGACAUAUAAGAAUUACAUGUAUUA